AUUGUGUGAGAAAAAGACUCUGCUUUGCCCAUGUAUCUGUAAGUGGACUUUCUUCUGUGAUUGCCCUCGGGGUUCUCAUACGCAGAAACCACUUGUGUCUUAUUUACUCAUGUUCCAAGAUAAGCCAGUCAUCUUUGCACUGAUAAUGAGGUGCUAUAGACUUGGUUUUCUUUUUCAAUCAAUCUUAUUAUUUAUUUUCUUGAGUUAAUCUUUUCUUUCUCAAUAAAUCUUAUUUUUUAUUUUCUAAAGUUAAUCACGGUUGAAAUGGAAAUUGUUUUGACUCUAACAUAUAUAUCCACUUCUUAAUCAAAAGUUGAAAAUUGAAAUAAAGCAAUGAACAAGGGUCUAGACUUGCACAGACUCACAUCUAAAAGGAACCUGACGAAACACCACCAGCCUAUCUGCUCCUUUUUUAGACCAAGACAAUCUUGUUAUUGGUUUGAGAUGAGCACUCGAUUUGUGUUGGUUGAAGGGGCAUGGUUAGGAAAGUCGUAGGCUGGGGCUAUACAUCAGAGAUUUGGAGCUAGGUUUUGAGGAGGGUGGAGAAGGGUUACCUAAAUUGUAUUGAUGAUGAAAGGAUGGGAGUCAGUGGUGAUGGAAAUUGGAAAGUGAGUGGCGGAUGAUGGUGAAUUUGAAGGCUGAAGAUGGGCUAGAGGGUGGCAGUGAAGCUAGGCCGGCCCUAAGACUUUGGGGGUUUUAGACCAAUUUCAAAUAUGAGACCCUAUAUAUAUGUAAAAAUACAUGUAAAAGAUAUAAAUUUGGGAGCCUUACCAAAAUGGGGCCUUAGGCGAUCGCCUACCCCGCACUAUAGCCAGGGCCAGCACCGCGGUGAAGCGAUGGAGGUACGGGUUGAAGGAAGGGGAUUGUGUAGGUAGACAUGUAGUUUGAGAGGGGAGGGAGUAAGAGAGGUAAAGGAUGACAUACAAAGUAAGCUACAUCUUUGCAGCUUAUUGUAAUUGCACGAUAAACUAUCCUAGAAUCCCUUGGGAUUGUCUAAUAACUAUAUUUCUGAAAGACAUGCAUACUUGCCUACUGAUCAAAUAAACAAUUGAAAAUACAACAUAAUGUGGGAUUCAUUAUUAAUAUCCCCUUUUCCCAUGAACCAAAGGAGCUUCAUUAUUAUACGCACUGUGUUGUGCAUUUGUGACACCAUGUAUGUGUAACUGUAUGCAUUUUAAUUAAUUAAUAGGAGUUUCAAUUUGGUUACUAAAGUUGGUUUUGUUAACUUGUUAUACAGUUUUAUGUUUUUACUUCUUGAAAACUAUGGAGUGAGGAAGUUAGAAGCUGUUUUUGCAGUUCUUAUUGCAACAAUGGGACUUUCAUUUGCUUGGAUGUUUGCUGACACUAAACCCAGUGGGAAGGAGCUUCUGAUAGGUCUUUUGGUUCCAAAGAUCAGCUCAAGAACAAUUCGACAAGCUGUGGGAGUUGUGGGUUGUGUAAUAAUGCCUCAUAACGUUUUUCUACAUUCUGCUUUGGUGCAGUCAAGAAAGAUUGACCCUGACAAGAAAGGUGAGGUCCAGGAGGCCAUUAAUUAUUACGCAAUUGAGUCUUCAGUUGCUCUUCUCGUCUCCUUCAUGAUCAAUCUAUUUGUCACAACUGUCUUUGCUAAAGGGUUCUAUGGCAGUAAACAGGCAGAUAGUAUAGGCUUAGUAAAUGCAGGACAGUAUCUUCAAGAAAAGUAUGGCGGUGGACUCUUUCCAAUUCUCUACAUAUGGGGUAUUGGAUUAUUGGCAGCCGGGCAGAGUAGUACUAUUACUGGCACGUAUGCUGGACAGUUUAUAAUGGGAGGAUUUCUUAACCUUCGGUUAAAAAAAUCGUUGAGGGCACUAAUAACUCGAAGUUGUGCAAUUUUACCAACCAUAGUUGUGGCACUGGUUUUCAACAAAUCAGAAGCAUCUUUAGAUUUAUUGAAUGAAUGGCUCAAUGUCCUACAGUCUAUGCAGAUACCUUUUGCACUGAUCCCACUUCUCACCUUGGUGUCCAAGGAGCAGGUCAUGGGAGUCUUCAAAAUUGGGCCUGCAUUUGAGAGAACUGCUUGGACAGUAGCUGGCCUGGUGAUAGUGAUUAAUGGAUAUCUUUUGCUCGACUUUUUUCUGUCCGAAGUUAAUGGACUGCUUUUUGGUUUUCUUGUUUGUGCUGGAACAGCAGCAUAUGUAGCAUUUAUUGUAUAUCUUAUUUCACAUAGCCGUAGCAAACUUUCAAAUUGUUUAAACCAAUUAAUCUCCAAGGGAAAUUCUUAUGCUGAUCAUUGAGCUGAAAAUAGUUUGUCUUGAAUGCCUUAUAUAGCAACCUCCAAAUCAUCAUCAAAUAACGGAAAUGACAUUGCACUGCCCUGUCUCUACAGAAACCAUAUAUCUAACAGUGCAUUCCUGGAGGGGAAAUGUACAUGCUAAAAGAGCAGAUAAAAACUAGAUGAACUUGCUUUUCUGUCAUUAUUGUGCAAUAUUUAUUGCUGUCCAGAUGUAACAUCUUAUUCAUCAGUUUUGUGAAAUGAAAGGUUUUUCAUUUGAUGAA